AUGCCCGGUCUUCCUUGGUUGGUUAAUUGUGUGCUCCUAUCGGUAUUUAUACCAUCUCACUCUGAGAUUGUAAAACUAGAACCAUUAAGCAAUAUGUCUUUGAAAACUACACUAACUCUUCCGCCCCCCACCUCCAAGGGCUCGUUGAACAUUUCUCAAAUUAAGCUAACUUUCCCACGCCCCCACGGAUCAGUUUUUACAACACUAAAGCCAUUCGAUGGAACCCUGGAGUCCAGUGGUACUUCUCUUCAAUUGAUUUUUUCUUGCCAAUCACCCAAUUCGGUUAACAAUUGCACCGUUCUCGUUGGUGAGCUUUUCAGCCAAGACUCGCCCCUUACAGACAUCUCUCUCGACCUUGUAACGCCAGAAUACUCCAUUUUGUUUUCCAAAUGUACCCUCGACAUGGGCUCUAGUGGUGUAGUUGCCUGGAAGUCAUCCGUCACAACUUUUAGCCCGGACUCUUCAUUGGUUAUUAACAUCUCGACGUCGUCUAGCACAAGUGUUUCAGCCUGCACUAGUUUCACUAUAUCCUAUGACGCUAAGUCUUUCACGUGCACCUCCACAUCUAACAGUUUGUCCGCUACUAAAAUUGGAGAUAAGGAAAUAUCUAUUUCACUGACUACAGCUAACUGUCCAGAGCUAUCAGAGCAUGCCAAAGGUAUGCAGAAAGCACGGGCGAUUCUUUACUCGUGUACAUGCACUGUUUCGGGAUCUGGUAGUAGUAGCCAGUCAUCGACGCCAUUUACAGUUCUCGAGCUUAGGAAGCCUCUGAAUGUGGGUAUUAUCGUGUUGGAUGUGUUCUUUAUUGCAGGCAUUAUUGCAUGCAUUGUGCUGAUUGUCAUUGGGCUCCUGAAGUUCAGGGAGCCAAACAGUUGCAAAUGCUUAUCUAAAUCGUGUACGCGAAAACGCACACAUUCUGGCGCAUUAAAGGAUAGACAAGAGCAGACACUGGCAUCUGUGCCCGGUACUAACGACACCUUUUCCGUUGUGGAACCUUCUGUGCUGGGAGAGAUACGGUCAGAUAAUGACCUUACUCAGAUGAGUCAUCACGCCAAUAUAAGUGGGCCCAGGUUACUUUCCACCAACAGAGUCUCAUAA